AUGAUUCACGGGUUUCUCCUUCGACCAUCCAUCUGGCAGCCGCUGCUGCCCGAGCCCAAGGUCGGCAAUGCCUUGCGCGCUUUCGCUGCCCUUGAUGGCCACUUUAUGCAUGCCAUAAAUAGCGGUUGCUCCUACGCCAUUGUUGACUCCGAGUAUGAGUUUCGAAAAGCCGAAUCGGCAGUGACAGGCGGUUGUCUCUACUGGGACCAGCUGGAUCCCGAAGACCCAGACUUUGAGACCAAAGGAACGAUGCUCAUGCUUGAGGGCAUGGACUUUCCAGUGGUUGUAAGACUAGCCCUCGAUGUCCUGGACAAGAAACCGGACACGGCAACCCAAGACCUGUACGAUUUUAUACCUUUAGUUCGGGAGCUUGGUACCUGGUUAUCCGUCCGCGGAGGCAGCAAGUCCUCGUCUCCCGGCGACGCACCAUCGUCGUCGAGGCAUGAUCAGCCGGCCAGCUGGGGCGAGGCCCUUAUCCGGUCGGGCUGCGUAACCAAGGAAGGUUACGAAGGGCGCGGACUCAUGACGGCGCUGAACCGGUUCAUGAUGCUCGAGGCGCGGGCUCGGGGGUACCGCACCAUCAGCGUCGGCGUCGCCGACUGGUCCGUCUACCGGUGCUGGAUGAGCCCGCCGCCCGGGUGCCGGAGCCGCAUUACUGCCGAAUUUCGGGUCUGGGACAUUGAGCUCGAGGAUGAGGAUGGACGGCUCGUGCGGCCGUACGUCAACUCGGGCAUCAACGAGCAAGGGUGGCUUAUCCGUUGCGACUUGAGUCAACUGGACUGA